AUGGGCCUCUCUUCUGUUGCUCCUGUUAAAUUGCUCAUCUUCGCUCGACGAAGGGAAGGCAUGUCAAAAAAGGAGUUCGACGACUAUUGGAGAGGCCCUCAUGCUAAGCAAUUUAUGGAUCUCGACAUUGUGAAGAAGCACUGCACAAGAUACGAGCAGUAUCACGAUGAUGCGACGGUCAGAGCUGAAGCAGAGAGUGCAAUUGGUCUUCCGAACUCCGGUUGGGAUGGUGUUGCCUUCCUGGUGUUUGACUCAGCUGAAGGGGCGAAGGCAGUCUUCAACGAUCCUGACUUCCAGGCCUUUGCUGCAGCAGAUGAGCCCCGUUUUUGCUCGGCUCCUACACAGUAUCAGAUGCUGAUUGGAGACCCCGAAAUUAUUCAUAGCUCUUGA